CGCUGAGCCCCGCCCCCGCCCCCGCCAUGGAGCCGCAGCUCGGGCGGCCCGCGGGCCUCGGCCCCGUCGACGCGCCCCCGCCUCGGCUGACAAAGUACAUAGUGUUGCUGUGUUUCUCGAAGUUUCUAAAAGCCUUGGGCCUCUUCGAAUCCUACGAUCUCCUCAAAAUAGUCCACAUUGUACAGUUUGUCUUCAUACUGAAACUGGGGUCUGCACUUUUCAUGGUUUUGUUUCAAAAGCCGUUCUCUUCCGGAAAAGCGAUAACCAGGCACCAGUGGAUCAAGAUUGUUAAGCACGCCGUCGCCGGCUGCGUGAUCACGCUCCUCUGGUUUUUUGGCCUCACCCUUUGCGGACCACUGAGGACCCUGCUGCUGUUCGAACACAGUGAUAUCGUCGUCAUCUCAUUCCUCAGUGUUUGGUUCACUGGCUCCGGAGGAGGACCGACGAAGACGAGAGGAGCCGCUUUUUUCAUCAUCGCUGUCGUCUGCCUGUUGCUCUUCGAUAAUGACGAUCUUAUGGCGAAAAUCGCCGAGCACCCCGAAGGACACCACGACAGCGCCCUCACCCACCUUCUCUACACGGUCAUCGCUUUCCUGGGCGUCGCGGACCACAAGGGCGGGGUCCUGCUGCUCGUGCUGGCCCUGGGGCUGAAGGUGGGCUUCCACGCGGCCUCCCGGAAGCUCUCCGUCGACGUCGGGGGAGCCAAGCGCCUCCAGGCCUUGUCCCACCUGGUUUCCGCGCUCCUCCUCUGCCCCUGGGUCGUCGUGCUUUCGGCCACCACCGAGAGCAAAGUGGAAUCGUGGUUGGCGCUCACCGUGCCCUUCGCGACGGCCAUCUUCUCGGUGGCGAUCCUGGAUUUCUACGUGGACUCCCUGUGCUCGGCGAAAAUGGAGGCGUCCAAGUGCGCCCGCUACGGCUCCUUCCUGGCGGUCCUCAGCGCCCUGCUCUUCGGGAACCUCUGGACCCACCCGAUCGCGGACCAGCUCCGUGCGAUCGACAGGCCGGCCCACCGGGAGAGCACGGAGCACGUGCCGUCCGGGGGGGUGGUGGUCAGUGCCGUGUUCUUCACGCUGGCGGCCAACAUCCUCUCCUCCCCGUCCAAGAAGGGGCAGAAGGGCACCCUGGUGGGCUACUCCCCCGAAGGGACGCCGCUCUACAGCUUCAUGGGGGACGCCCUGCAGCACGGCUCCCACUCCGUCCCCCGCUUCAUCAAGGAGUCCCUGAAACAGAUCCUGGAAGAGAGCGACUCCAGGCACAUCUUCUACUUCCUCUGCCUCAACCUGGUUUUCACCUUUGUGGAGCUCUUCUACGGGGUCCUGACCAAUAGCCUGGGCCUCAUCUCGGACGGCUUCCACAUGCUCUUCGACUGCUCGGCGCUGGUCAUGGGGCUCUUCGCGGCCCUGAUGAGCCGGUGGAAAGCCACGCGCAUUUUCUCCUACGGGUACGGCCGGAUCGAAAUUCUCUCUGGAUUCAUUAACGGCCUUUUUCUGAUGGUGAUCGCGUUUUUUGUGUUCGUGGAAUCAGUGGCCCGAUUGAUCGACCCUCCGGAAUUAGACACCCACAUGUUAACGCCAGUGUCAGUUGGCGGACUGAUAGUAAACCUUGUUGGUAUCUGUGCCUUUAGCCACGCCCAUGCCCACGUCCAUGGGGCAUCUCAAGGAGGCUGUCACGGCCACGAUCACGGCCAUUCCCACCACGGACACGGACACGGUCACGGCCUCAGCCACUCCCACGGCGAUCACGGGCACGGCCACGGCCACGCCCACGGGGCCACGGGAGGCAUGAAUGCCAACAUGAGGGCCCCACAGCACUCACCUCCAUACCCGCAACUCAUUUAUCUCUACCGACGUCCGUCUCCCCGGCUUCUAAACCUUCGUCUCGCCGCGGGCGGGGAGUAUCGCCGUGUCACGCUCUCCCGAGCGCUUAGAGCAGCGCCCCGCGCCCCGUCGGCGGGGCUCGGCGUGUUCCUGCACGUGCUGGCCGACACGCUGGGCAGCGUCGGCGUCAUCGUGUCCACCGUCCUCAUCGAGCAGUUCGGGUGGUUCAUCGCCGACCCGCUGUGCUCCCUCUUCAUCGCCGGGCUGAUCUUCCUCAGCGUCAUCCCGCUCAUUAAAGACGCUUGCCAGGUGCUCCUCCUGCGCCUGCCCGCCGAGCAGGAGAAGGAGCUGAACGGCGCCCUGGACAAGAUUCAGAAGAUCGAAGGCUUGAUAUCCUACCGGGACCCCCACUUCUGGCGCCAUUCGGCGAGCGUGGUGGCCGGCACCAUCCACGUGCAGGUGAUGUCGGACGUGACGGAGCAGAGGAUCGUCCAGCAGGUCGGCGGAGUCCUCAAAGACGCCGGAGUGAGCAAUCUGACCAUCCAAGUGGAAAAGGAGGCGUAUUUCCAACAUAUGUCCGGCCUGAGUACGGGAUUCCAUGACGUCCUGGCGAUGACGAAGCAGAUGGAAUCUCUGAAAUACUAUAAGGACGGCACGUACAUCAUGUGAGGUGGAGCGCGAUCCCCCCCCCAGAGGGUCUGAUCGGUGAGGACCGGACGCCGAAUUCGGAGCGUCGUCCGGAGAGAAGACUCGCGCAGAAGCGUACGGAGACGAUGGACUCGAUUUGAAUUUUUUUUUUUUAAAAAAAAAAAAAAAAAAAAAAAGCUCAAGCCCAUCAGAUCAGGGUGUUUUUCUAAAGGAAAAUCGAAAACGGACCAGAACGCUGUAAGUGUGGAAAUAAUGACCACUCGAAUUACUGUACUUGGAGUUGAUUAAAAAAAAAAAAAGGAAUCUUGCUACGUGUGUGGGUGAGCACAAUGAAUACCCGGGGCCGGGAUGAAAUAGAAAAUGUCUCGUUAAACGGAGAGGGGAAAGACGAAUCUGAGGAGAAGAUUCUCCUGUUGCUAAUAUGUAUUUACACGUCUCUCGGGAAGAGAGACAGACGAAAAACUGAAGUUUUUUUGCUGUCUGAGGACCUACCAGUAAGAAUGAAAAGUUCUUAUAUUUAUGAAUUUUCUGUAUAUAAAGCAGGUUUCUAAUAUACUUUUAUUACGCUCAAAGUUUGUGUUACCAUUAGGAUUUUUACAUUUUGAUUUGCGGGGAAGGGGCUAGCUGGGGCAAAUCUCGGGAUGCGAGGGAUGGGGACGCAAGCCGCCAGGAGCGGAAAGUGGCCCCAGGGCAGAAUCUGCGCUCGGCCGGUUGGUCAACCACUACGAUAAAUGAACGUUUUUAUACUUUUGCUACCCGUGGCCGACGACCCGGCUGAUUCUCGGUGAAGGUAGAGAGCCCGUCCCCUCCGGGCUUGCCGCGCCCUUGCCUGGUUUCCCCCGCCCUCUCCGGGGCGCGGCUGUCCGGGGACUGGUGGUGUCCGGUCAAGUGACCGGGCGGGGGCUCGACUGAGGUGAUCCGGGCGACGGGAUGGUGGAAAUCUCGCUCCCGGCGUCGUCUCGGACGCCCCUCGCAGAGGGAACCGCCUCGAAGGCCACCGUUGGGGCAGUUCUGCGCUCAGUCGGUCGGUCCGUUGUGUUCACCGCGCGCUAAAUAUCCGCAGAGCGCCGUACCGAGCGGCUGGGAGAGUACGAUGCAACAGACACGUUCCCUGCCCGCAGCGGGCUUACGGUCCGGCCCUCGACCCUCAUUACUCCCCCCGUGUCCCCGCUCAGGCCGCGGGCGAGACCCCGGGACCCCGGGGCCGGGUCGGAUCAGUCGAUCCACGGUCAGUCGGUGCCGACCACGGGACCGAGUGCUUGGAUUGAGUCGGAGGGGACGGUCCCUGCCCACAAGAAGCCGACAACCUAGGGAACGAAGGGGAAUGGGAGCGGCGGCUUCGAUGUCGUCUCCCCGUGGGGGCCUUCCCCGUAUCCCCGACCCCAGGCGUACGGAACCGCUCCUCCGGAAGCGGCUAGAAACUUGCUACGAAGGCCCGGGCGGCGCCCUGUUGGCCGGCAACUUCACAGGCCUCCAGCGGCACGUCUCGGGCCCCUCGGGACCCCGCAGGUCACCGCCGACUACGGGGAGAGAUGAAGAAAGGCCGAACCACCACUGCGCGUUUCACCCGGCGGACUCCGAUUAAGGGCCGUCCCCGCCCAAGGGCUCGAACAGCGUUCUUCCGGACCGUCUCGCGCCACCCUUGGCCCGGCCGCCCUCUCGUUCCGGAAAACCGGACGGUCGCCGUUCGGCGUCGCGUGGGACCAUUUCAGGCGGGAUCGGACCGGUGGAGCGGUUGCUAUUCGUCGAGCGUCCUCGGCCGCCAGCCGCUGUACUGAGUGCUUGGGAAAGUACGACAGAAGCGCGCCACGCCUUCCACGCAUUCCCCGCCCGCAGGGCGCCGCCGACGGCGGAGGGAGGUUUAAAGACGAUCUACGAUCGGUGCGGAUGUUUUUCUUCCGUCGACGCCUCGGUUUGGCGACUGCCCGUUGUGUCUGCCUGAAAUUAAGGCGAGUGAAACUGAAAUUUCUGUUCGUGUGCAGGCUGAGCUCUUUGGAAGACGUGACGUGGUAAGUAGGAUCCGUUACUAACUCGUUCGUGUGCAGGUCGAGCUUUUUAAAAGAUGCGACGCGGGAAGUAGGAUCCGUUAGCAACUUGGCCGGCCCCUCACGUCCGCUCUCGGACUCGCGGGAUGAAAUGAAGUCGAUGGUUUUUUUCCUCCCCUCCGCUUCUCGGGUCAACCCCAGCCGGGCUCACUUGCCAGACUCCACGUUACCAGGACCUGGGAAGCCCCUCUUUUUCAAAGGACUUGGGAUUUUAUAAUCAGAGAACGCGGGGCGGAAAUCUAAUAAACUGCAAGAAAUGGACCGAUACCUAGAGGCCGGCCUGAAAAACUCCUCGAGGACGGGGACGGCGUCUUCUCACGGUACUCUACUCUCCCCAGGACUCACUGCAGGGCUCCACACCUAGCAGACGCUCGCCAACCCAGCGCUUAGAACGGUGCUUUGCACGGAGCGCUUAACAGAUACCGUUGUUAUUUUUAUCAAUACCACCGAUCGAUUCACUCGCGGUCCCUCUGCCCCUCAAACCACCCCCCUCGGCCGAAUCGAAUCCUGUAAAAUGGGGGAAACGUCGACGUCGGGGCCGGUGAGGUUGGUCCGCUUUUCUCACGGCGUCCUACUGCCGGAUUUUAAACGGGGAGGUCUACCCCCUUCCCGACAGUAUUUACCGAGCGCCUGCCGGGUGCGAAACACUGUACUGAGUGCUCGGGAGAGGACGGCGGAGCUAGGGGCUUACGGCCCCGCGGAGGCAACGGCGCCGUAAAGAACGAGUGGCUUCGGAAACGAGGUGAACUUUUACCCCCGCCAAGACAGGUGGUGCCUUCCCGCGAUUUGCCUCCCUGGCGGUAACGAGUGUGCAAACGCAGUCGUUGGGGAGGGAUCGUCUCUAUCUCUUGCCGAAUUGUACUUCUCAAGCGCUUGGGACAGUGCUCCGCACGCAGUAAGCGCUCAGUACGUUCGAUUGAACGACCGGUCCUCGAACAGCGUGUCGGGCCUGAUUAAAAUCGCUACCCUCCGGCUCGUUGGUUUAAAUUUUCCCCACUGCAGUUUUUCAGUCGGCGCUAUGUAACUGCGUUUAAAAGGUAAUAAAAUGCGGGUUUAUUUUUUCAUCCGAU